UGUACAAUUACUGCUAUCACUCAUUGUUGCCCUCUUCUGUCUUCGGAGUCAAAAGACUAAUCUUUUUGUUUCCUCUCUUGGGAUUAACUUCCACGUCAUAAUCUCAGAUCCGAACCGUACGAAAAUGUCGAGCCACCGUGACUCGAGUAAGCAUCAAACUCCAUUGUUAUUGUCCACCGUCAAUGCUGCACAAUGGCCGCAUGACACAUUCUCAGUGAUAUUCUUCGCAAAAAAUAUUGAAGUCCGCACGACGUAUAUUAACAUACUAAUUGGUCGCUAUCAUUCGUCGCACCAGCUACAUACUCAUAAUUUGGGAUGGCCACUUCCAGUGAUCAAUUGCUACCACGCAAGACUCGCUUGGAGACGUCAUAUGCGUUCUCUCGCACGUUUAACUCCCGUAACAUGGAAUUCUACUGGUACCCACUGUGGUGUCAGACACUCUUCGAUCUUGUGGCAGAUGUGCCAAAUUUAAUUGUGGCGCCUCAAUUCCCAGUUUGGAUUGUAAAGCAUAAUGACCAGCUUGAAGGUGCAGACGACGGCGAUGAUCCUGAAGAGGUGGAAGAAAGAGUAGCCCAGGGAGAGGAGGAUGUUGCAGCAGUCGUCCAAAUCCUCGGUAACAACGAAGAAGAAGGAGACCACGAGCCUGACUCGGAGGUCGGGAACAUUUCUUUCGCAUCGACUGUCCCAGAAAAGAACGCUGAGAGCGUUCUGGUGGAUUUUGCGAUUGUCGGUCUCACAGCUGUGCCUCAACCAGAGCAGAAGUCUCGCUAUGGAGGGUGGCGAAUAACUGCGGCAAGUCCUUGCCUUCUUGUGGAAGUGAAAAGGUUUGUGAGUAGGAGCCUGAGGGAUGACGAGCUUGAUGCAGAGAUUCGGGCGCAUGUUCAGGAGGCUAGAAUCGACCUGGUGAUACAAGCAGGACAUCUUUUUAUUCAAGAUAAAACCAAGGAUUCCAUCAUCGCCAUCGCCGCCGCGGGUCCAUACUGGAGUGGCGCCGUAAUUCAUCGUGGCAACGUUGGACAUACUAUGGACCUUAUUUCAAGCAAUGACCCGAACUAUCGACCCCCUGGUGAACAACUGGUUGACCGGAGGCCGAAGUGGAAUAAGAUUCUUCGCCUUGAUGGCGCAUCCUCCACGGUAGCUUCCGAAGCUCGCUUACGCACCAUUUACAAGAAGAUGCGGGAAAUGGGAAAUCCAAAAACGGGUGCUAAGUAGUGUAAUGUUUGCUCGGAAUCGUUGAUGGGAACUUGGGCUUUGGAUCUGAAAAUAAUACUCGAUUUUAUUGCGAA